ACCCACACGUGGCAGAAAGAUGCAGGACUGGCACUGGUUGGGAUUUAGCCAGAAGCAGGGGGCUGGCAAGCUAAAUUCCUGAGGUAAGAGGGGCUAGGGCAAGAGGAAACAGACCAACCUCAGGACCCCCACCGACAGCUGUCCUCCUACCUGCCUGGAUCCUUCUAAGCCAGUUUGUCCAGGGCCACCAGGCUGCAAGCCUGCUGGGGGCGACAAUGCUCCUGUCCCACGCAGUCUCGGGUGGUGUGGCUGGCAGGGGUCCCUGUGGGGAAAGCAAGCGUGGCUGCUGUUGGCCAGAGUUUGGGGCGGGCAGUGGUGUUGAAUUCUGCGGGCUCUGGUUUGAGCUCCCGCCCAGAACCCCCACUAGCCUGGCCUGAGAACAGCCACUCUAGUUCUUCCCGAGAGCCCACCACAGUGCCGCUCCUACAGAAGAAUGGGAACAGCUGACUACAGGACACCUUCUCUUCUUCAGGUGCUGUCUCCUGUGACCACGCCCAUUGCCUUCGUUCUCUUGCUUCUCCUUAGCCAGGCCACCUCAGAUCCAUGCUAUGAUCCAGGAGGGCGCCCUCGCUUUUGCCUCCCACCAGUGACCCGGCUGGCUGGCAGGGUAGCAGCCCCCUGUCCUCAGACCUGUGCUCUCCCUGCAGCUAGCCCUGGCUCUGCCUGCAACGGUAGUCUGACCCUGGACCUGAAUGGCCCCUUCCUCUUGACAUCUGUCACCCUGCGAUUCUGCACCCCAGGGCCUCCAGCCCUGGUUCUUUCUGCUGCCUGGGCCCCUGGAGGCCCCUGGAGGCCACUAUGGCGCAGGCCUGCCUGGCCUGGAGCUCUGGGGGGGCCCGAGAGGGUAACCUUUCACUCCCCACCAGGCCCCAAGGCCAAGAUAGUGGUCAGCCACCUCCGUGUGGCGUUUGCGGGCCAGGCAGGGCUGGUGACCACUGGGGUAAGAGGCCGCUGCCAGUGCCAUGGCCAUGCAGCCCGCUGUGCUACCCAGGCCCAGCCCCCACGCUGCCGCUGCCGCCACCACACUACUGGUCCAGGAUGUGAGAGCUGCCGUCCAUCCCAUCGAGACUGGCCCUGGCGGCCUGCCACACCCCAGCACCCUCACGCGUGCUUGCCCUGCUCCUGCAACCAGCAUGCCCGACGCUGCCGAUUCAACUCCGAGCUGUUCAGGUUGUCAGGUGGCCGUAGUGGGGGUGUGUGUGAGCGGUGCCGCCACCACACAGCUGGGCGGCACUGUCACUACUGCCAGCCAGGGUUCUGGAGGGACCCAAGCCAGCCCAUCACUAGUCACAAGGCAUGCAGGGCCUGCCAGUGCCACCCAAUUGGAGCAACAGGAGGGAUGUGCAACCAGACCAGUGGCCAGUGUUCUUGCAAGUUAGGGGUCACAGGCCUGACAUGCAGUCACUGUGGUCCUGGAUACCAGCAGAGUCGCUCACCCAGGAUGCCCUGCCAACGAAUUCUGGAGGCAACAACAGCCCUUGCUACUACCCCUAUCGCGUCUCGGUCUGACCCACAGUGUCAAAACUACUGCAACGUUUCGGACACCAGUGUGCACAUGAGCCUUCAGAGAUACUGCCAGCAGGAUUACGUUCUACACGCACAGGUUUCAGCGUCGGAGGCCGUGGGUCCUGAGUGGUGGCGCCUGGCUGUGCACGUGCUGGCUGUGUACAAGCAGCGCGCGUGGCCCGUGCGCCGUGGUGGCCAGGAGGCCUGGGUGCCCCGCGCUGACCUGGCCUGCGGCUGCCUGCGCCUGCGCCCGGGGAUCGACUACCUGCUGCUGGGCAGUGCUGCCAGUCUUGAAGCAGAGAAUGUCGGGAUCCCGAUUCUGGAUUGUCCAGAGGGAGCUCCCCAUAUUCCUGCGACGGGCACCUAG